UCUGUAGCUCUUAUCUGGUGACUUGUAAUGACUUCUCCGUAGCUGGUAGGACUGCUUGGUGCCGAUCAAGGGUUUCAGGACAGCCUCUUUCCACCAUUCGCUGGACGAGUGAGCAUUCGACUCAGGAAGGGACACCAUGCUUGGCUCGGGAUUCAAGGCUGACCGACUGCGAGUCAACCUGAGACUGGCUAUUAACAGACUCAAGCUGCUAGAGAAAAAGAAGACUGAGAUGGCACAGAAGGCACGGAAGGAGAUUGCUGACUACGUGUCCUCCGGGAAGGAUGAGCGGGCUAGAAUACGCGUGGAACACAUUAUUCGGGAGGACUAUCUUGUGGAGGCCAUGGAGAUCAUAGAGUUGUAUUGUGACCUCCUCCUGGCACGAUUUGGCCUUAUCCAGUCAAUGAAGGAAAUGGACCCCGGGCUGGCAGAGGCAAUCUCCACUCUCAUUUGGGCUGCCCCACGCCUCGCAGAAGUCCCAGAGCUAAAGACGGUGGCCAGUCAGUUCUGUCACAAAUACAGCAAGGAAUACGGCGUCUUGUGUCGAACAAAUGAAAUAGGAACAGUCAGUAAAUCGCUUAUACAGAAACUCAGUUCAUCGGCUCCUCCCAAAAUCUUAGUGGAGAAGUACAUGAUUGAGAUCGCCAAGAAUUACAAUGUCCCAUACGAGCCUGAUUCCGUGGUAAUGGCUGAAGCACCGUCUGGAUUUGAUCACUUCAGCAAUGGAUUUCAGGACAAUAACAAGAAAGGACCACCUGGUGGUGGUGGAGGAGCUGGAGGGGGAGACUUCAAACUCACUCACUAUCCCAAAAUCCAACAAACGUCGCCUAACCCUUCUGUCGGCAUCUAUGAAACUUGUACCUUUCUGCAACCACCUCCAAGAGUUAACGUACCACCUCCUUUGCCAGAUGCCCCUCCAUCCUAUCAUAUGGAUAAACCUCCCGGAGCUGUUGGUGACCCAAGGUUCCUUCCUGAUUGCGGUCUAAACUCUAAACCUGGUUCUUCAUUGGAUCAAAAACACAUCCAGGGGAAGUAUGAUCAUCUGCCUCUGCCAAAGCUCCCAUCGGUGCCCGUCAGCCCAGCGCGCGGCUCAACCCCACCGGAGCCUUCACCCUACGAGGAUAUAGACUUCGAAGAUCUCUCGAACCGGCUUGAAGAGCUUAAGAAAAAGACAUGAACUCGCUUUCAGAAGCCCUUCUGCUGCCGUGGGAUGGAUGGAUGGAUGAAUGCAUGCAUAUUGUAUAUCCUCUGUAACAUAUACUGGAUCUUGUUCAUCUGUUAGUUUUGUGUGGCCAUAAAAAAGGCUGUUACUUUUGCUGCUUUAUUUUUAAAGUACUGUUAUUUGCAAUUCUGGUUGUGUCUGGUCAUAUGAUAUUUAGUAGGGCAGGUAGCAACCCUUUUACCCCUGUGGUACUUGAGCUACAUACCCACCAUCAAUGAAUCCUAAUGUAUCCAAGCCUGUCUGCCAUGUUGGUAACCCCCCCUGCUGCUGUCAGUACCACUAUUGGGAUUUCUUGAGGUACCAGGCGCUUAUUGUUAUAGAAACAGAUAUGGACCCUUUAAAGGAUCUUUAGCUUCUGUCGGCAACCGCUCUUAUCACUGAGGAUAUCAGCCCAGAGGCAAUGGUCACCUCUGUCCAGUAACUGUGACACAAUGUGCUGACCCUUACGUAUUUCCAGUGAAACGAGGUGUGCACCUGGGGCGAGGCUUGUAUUUACUGUUGUGCCUUCGAUAAAUAUCUCCUAUGCAGCGUGUACAGUGUAUUUACGGCAAUAAACCCUCUGUUUGGUGA